GAAGAUAAAGUGAUCGAAAAGUUCAAAUUGUGAAUAAAAAACUGAUCUAAUUUAACGAAUCAAAACUUUGGGAUUAAUUCAGAAGACGCUACAACUAAAUGUCGUCUCCAAUUGUCCGAAUCAUCGUUUUUACAACUUCUUUCAUCAUCUUAUGUGUAAACAAUUGUGUCCAUUGUGAUGCCAAUGGAGGGACUACAAACUCAUCUCUAUCAAGUGACAGUUCAUCAGCAAAAAAUCAAGGGAAUGAUACUAAUGUUGAUUGGGUAAAAUCAGUGUUACAAACCUACGAAGAAUCUAAAAAUGGAACCCGUGAUAUGGAUACAAGUGCUUCAGGUCAUCGGUACCGUGUGACUCAUGUUAAUCCAUCUCCAUUUUCUUCAACUGAUGAAGAUCAAUCAAGUGAUUAUCGAAGUCGCUCCUCAUCUGUUUACCGUGGAUCAUCAUAUCAACAUCAACAACAUCAUCAUCGAAAUGGUGGUCAACCUUUGAGUAGCCAUGAAUCGAAUGAAGAUGAUUAUGGAUCAUCAAAGUCACGUUCAUACGGUCAUUCGAGAGAUGAAGGUUCAUCGCCUGGACCAUUAAGUGCUAGGGAAGAUUCUAGUGCCCGUAAAAAUGAUCCCGAUUUUGGUCAACACUAUGACUCUGAUGGACAUCGAUACGAUUUCGGUUAUGAUGUUAAAGAUAAAGACGGUGCUCAGGCUUUUCGUAAGGAAACUGGGGAUGCUAAAAGUUUAAAGGGUUCUUAUGGGAUUCGUGAUGUUGAUGGUCGUCUACGUAUCGUCCGUUAUGUUGCCGAUGAGAAAGGUUUCCGGGCUAAAGUUGAAACCAAUGAACCAGGAACUGGUAGUGAGGAUGCAGCUAAUGUUUACUUUAAUGGUUACGAUGCUGAACGAAUACCCUCCCAUGAGGUGACCCACAAAGAUCGUGGUCAACACUCAUUCAAACAUGGACACUACAAUAAACAUUCACAAGCCGAUUCUGGUCUUUACGAUGAUCAUCGUGAUUAUGCCGAUGAACCAAGUCACGAUGAUGUUUCAAGCUACCGAAUGAAUGAUCAAAUUCCCAUGGAAAUUCAACCCGCUGUAGCGCCAAGAAUGAGAUUUGCACCAGUCCCACUGGAGGCAAAUAUGGUUGACACCGCUGAACAUGAUGGUACAGCCGCUGUUGCGAUGGCUGGUAUGACAGGGAUGCCCAAUGGUCCAGUAGACGGAUUUAGAACUCCAUUCAAAGAGUUGAUUCCACCAUAUCCAACUUCCCUUCAUCAUCAUAUUCAUCAUCAUCCCUCAUCCCACAUUGACCACACUCCUAAAUUUGCUCGGCCAUUGUACUCAAAGCGCCGUCAGGACACCAAGGUAACUGAUUUCACCUACAACAUACCUUACAAUAGUAUAACGGGUUUCUUCAAGACAAGAUACCUUUAAUUGUUAACAAUUAGUUACCACUUUUUGAUCAGCAAUUUUUUUCCUCCAUCUUCAACAUCAAAAUUUCAUCUUCAUCACUUUUUUUCAUCAUCAAGUUAGUUUCAUAUUGAAUUGAACAUCUUUUUUGCUCUAAACCAAAAACCAAUUUAGACUAAAUCUAAAUCACUUUUUUCAAUCAUUCUCCAUUCUCCUUUUUAAUUCAUCUUUUUUGAUCCAAUUUAACUUGAUUAUUACUCAUCCAUUUACUUUUCUACUCUGGAUUGAUGUUAUACUAUUAAUAAUGUUUCAAUCCUUUCAAUUUUUCCAAUCAAUGUCUUUCACACGAGCAAUUAGUAGUUAACUAAGCUGAAUUAAUCGCUUGGUAAAUAAUUGUCACCGUAAUUGUCGAUAUUAUUGUUUACCUUUUCUAUUUACGUACUUUGUUUCCACCAUUCAAUAGUUUUAAUUGUAAGAAUAAAAAUUGUAAAUAUUUAAGCAAAAAACGAAAACGCAACAAAAAAGAUACGCUAUCAUCUUAUUAACUAAUUAAUUCUUAGGUACUAAUUGUGCGACUAAAUUGUCAUCUCUACAUUGGGUUGUGUGGUUGGUCAACUAUUAAAACUAAAUUUGUGAAUUAACAAGAAAAAUUAACCAAAUACCGUAAGUAAUCAUCAGUUGAUUCAUUGAUUAAAUAAUCACAUUAAUAGUAACCACUCCAGGUAACAAUGUCGCAAAGAUUUUCUAAAUUAAAGAGAUUAGGAAACAAUUAGUUUUUAAUUUGCAAUUAGUGAGGAGAAAAUUUUUUUAUAUCAUUUUUGUUUUAUUCAGUCAUCAUCAUGGUCAUUUAAUGAGCAAAAUUAAUUGCUUCAGGUUAAAUUGUAGAUGAAGGUGUUAAUACCAUUAACCCUAAUCUUGUUCAGUCUUAGGAAAAAAAAUUCAACAAUUAUAUCCCUCUGAUCAUUUAUAUA